GCUCAAAGUCACUGAGCCUGAGUUGAGAAUUGACCAAUCAGAAGCGUGCAUACACCUUUGCAUGAGACGCACCUUCCCUCUUCACUCGAUCUCAGAUCUGGCAAGCACAUGCACUUCCACUCCACACAGGCGUGACACGUCUAUAUGCGCCGGCUGCUCGCACUCACGACGGGGAAGUGAUGGAUAGCGGCAGCUUCGUCGUCAGAACGCUGUUGCCGGCAGGCAGUCUCGAGGGUGCUUUCCGGGUCCAUCUGACACCUGACAGUCUAGACAAGCUGGACCUGAAGGUUGGCGAGAUUUGCCACGUCGAUGGCGAGAAUGGAUCGAUCGGGUAUGGAAUUGCGUGGCGCGCCACCGACAAGAUGGGUACUGCGCCCAAGCUUAAGCCUGCGAAGAUGACCGACACCAUGCGGACUGCUUUCGGGUUCAAAGAAGGCUCACACGUCAGCAUCUCGAAGACGAAACAGCAGAUUGCUCCUGCUACCCGGAUCAUCUUAAGCGACGUGACACCGACAGAGUAUGCGAAUGAUCCCACGGAUGACGACGACAGGUGGGGUGUGCGUGCUCACUUUCUACUGUCCGAAUGCGAGGCCAUUGCGGUGGGGACGACGUUCGAUGUGAGUGCGAAGAGGGCGCGUAGGAAGCGCUUCUUCAUCGAUCACAUUGAAUGUCCCACCGUACCAGACGGACCCGGGCUGUUCAGUUGCCUCGGAAGGACAGAAGUCAUCAUAAGCACGGAUUCUGCCAACAUUAUCGGUGAGGCAACGCUGUCGAAUGAGGACCAAGUGCACUCCGUCUUCGACAUUAGCCGGAUCGGUGGACUUGUCGAGCAGGCCAAGCAGCUUAACGAGCGCUUGGAUUGGCUGCUCGAGAGGGCUUCAAGCAAACCACGGCACAUCUUACUACAUGGGUACGAAGGCACGGGCAAGAGCCUGUUGCUCAACUCUAUCCACACAAUCAGUGACUGCAGGGUGACACGACUCGUGCCGGAAGGCACGAUAGCGAAGACACAAUCACACAUCCAGACUGUUUUCGAGAAUGCUGUAGCGAAGCAGCCGAGCAUCAUUCUGAUCGACGACGCUGACGAAAUGCUUGCGCCCGACAACAAAGCGGUCGCUCUCACUCUUGGUACAGAAAUGGAUAAGCUUAGAGACUCCGAUGCUGUCCUUGUGAUCGGCGCCGCACGUUCUCCGGGUGCGCUUCACAGUAAGCUGCAUGACCGCAAUCGCUUCUCCGUGCUGAUUGAGCUCACGAUACCCGACAUGCGCGCUCGGCGUGAAAUCAUACAGCUCCUUCUCAAGCAGCCUGACCACCGCGAGAAUACGCUCGGGGCUACUGUAGCAUCGAAGACGCACGGCUUUACUGGGCGAGACCUUGCGUUCCUGGUUGAUGACGCGAAAGAUCUCGCUCACAGGCGUCGGCGGGCAGAGCAAGACCGGGAAGACUGGGUUGAUGUCCAUGCCCGCGGAUUUGCGCAAGAAGGGACUCCCCUCACCAGCCAAGUCGACGGCUCUCUGCACAGUCAAGCUACGACGCAAGUGGAACAGGCGCCGCUUGCGAAUGGCCAUGCAGUCAGAUCAGAAGUCACGUUUGACGACUUCGCACUUGCCCUCAAGACUGCCAAGCCAAGCGCUCUACGUGAGCUCUUCUUCGAAACGCCCAACAUCAAGUGGUCGGACAUUGGCGGGUCUGAUGCCAUCCGUGAGCGGUUCGACGUGGCGAUAGGGAGACCGCUUCAUCACGCCGACGUGCUGGCCGAAUACCGCAUCAAACCUGCAAAGGGCAUCUUACUCUACGGUCCGCCUGGGUGCUCGAAGACCAUGACCGCUCAAGCCGUGGCGACGAUGUACGAUCUCAACUUCAUCGCCAUCAAAGGCGCCGAGUUGAUCAGCAUGUACGUGGGCGAAUCGGAGCGCUCGCUACGAGAGAUCUUCCGAAAGGCGAAGCAAGCGGCACCUUGCAUCAUCUUCUUCGACGAGAUUGAUGCCAUAGGCUCUCAGCGAGAGGGAGAUGGUCACAAGGGCCUCAACGUUGUGACAACCUUGUUGACGGAGAUGGACGGCUUCGAAACCCUCCGCGACGUGAUUGUGCUUGCCGCGACGAACAAACCGCACAUCCUUGACCCAGCUCUUCUCCGGCCGGGGCGCUUCGAUACGUACGUCUACGUCGGACCGCCUAACGACCUCGCCCGAAAGCAAAUCCUGGAGAUGUCGCUGCUAACCGCCUCUGGAGCGUCCCUAGCGCCUGCCGCCGAUGUGGAGGAGCUGGUGGGCGCUACGGCUGGGUAUAGCGGCGCGGAGAUUGUGAGGAUGUGUAAUAUUGCCAAGAUGAGCGCGGUUGAUGCUCUUAUAGCCUCCGGCCAGGAGCAGAGGAGUACGGAGGCGAGUGGUAGUGUGAGUGCGGAGCAGCUGCGGAGCGCGUUGAGGGAGGUGCCGAGGGGGAUCACGAGGGAGAUGUUGGAGGAGUAUGAACGGUUUGCUAGUCGAUGAGUGAUAGCCGUGUAUUUGAAGGCAGAUUGAAGGGGAGGUGUCGAACUAUAGAUGAAUAGUCCUGCUAUGUAGCGGAAGACCAAGAAGACCGAUGGCGGCUGCACUGAGGCGGUUGACGGGUCGGUAGCAGGGUCCCUCAAGAGCGCAGUGCGUC